AUCAACACUCCUGACCAGAUAAGAAUUGUGUGUAUAUUGUCAAGGGCUUAUGGGCUUUGGCAAAUUUUCAGCUGUGUAAAAGAUCUAUGCACAGUGUGAAUUUACACACUAUAAGACUCGCAUAAUAAUGGAACUGACCUGACGUAAGGCGAAUAAGACUGUUGCAGACUUGAAAGUGGGAACUGUUUUGAGUUUUGACAGAUCCGCACAUGACCAAAUAAUUCAGCUGAAAAAGAUCAAAUUGAAUCAAGGUGACUAGAUUACAGGUUAUGAAAGAGGCUCAGGAAUUAAAAGCUGCAGAGAGUUGUUCAUAAACAGUGUAAAUGGCAUCUCCAACUUUGGAAUCUUUUUGUGGCUUCCUCAAUGUUAGCCAAAACCAAAGUGGGAUAUCAGACAUUCAGAAGAAUGAUAACAUUUUCAAGGCAUAUAACAUUGUCUGCAUUAUAUCCUCAGUAUUAAGCAUAGCUGGAGCUCUUAUCCAAGUAUUGGGCACGUCACACAGUGCAGCCCCAUCACAGACUGGUCAACCUAGAAACAGGCGAACAGCUUUUGAGACAGUUUCAGGAAAAACACAGAAAACAAUCAUCAGUGCUUUAGCUGUUGCAGAUGUGUUAGCUUGUUUUGGGAUAUUGUUCAGGUCUGCGCUAUGGCUUGGUGACCGAGACUUAAUUACUGGACAUUUGGAAAAUCCUGCAGCUCAUUUUGACAAUGUCUUUUGUGCAGUGUGCUCUGCAUGGAUUCAUUUCUUUUUCCUAUGUACAUAUUUCUGGACCUUCUCAUAUGCCAUUGAUGUUUACCUUGUUGUGCGUAAAAUAAAUCCCAAACCAUGGUUGUAUCACCUUUUAAGUUGGGGGUUGUCCUUGAUUCUAGCUUUUGGUGGAAUACUGCCUCUCUAUACCCCUUUCUUGCUCAAGUGUAAAUACAAUGAGGGAUACCUUUUACCACACUAUUUAACGACAUACAUUCCAAUAUUGUUUGUCAUGAUCAUCAACCCGGUGCUUUAUUUCCUCUCAGCAAGAGCCAUCAAAGGCUUAAUAACGAGUGCCAGAGCCACAUUUACAGACCUGGAGAGAAAAUUCAUAUCCAAAAUCAAAGACAGAUUCACAUUAGUUACAGCCGUGUUUUAUGUGUGCUGGCUGCCCAAUAUCAUAAAUGGUAUACUGUUGUUUAUACAUCAUCACUUUGGUUCAGAUACAUCUAUAGCUGAAAGUAAGGAUGGCUGGUAUGGGGUAUUCCUAGCUGUCUGGUUUAUCAUGGCCAUAGUCAAUCCUCUGCAAGCUUUGCUGAACUCACUGGUUUACAGGGGAUGUGAUGCAUGUCACUGCACUAGAGCACCUGAGAUAGAUGCAACAACAAGAUGUGAAAACAGCUUCCAUUAUUUCAGUGCCUCUAAUGAUGAAAAUGCACCACUUUUACAUUACUCUAGUUCCAAGCACUGAUGCCCUGCUAAGCUUGAUGAUGGUUUCUGUUAUUAAGGUGCUUCUACCGACUGACUGGAACACUGGUAGUAUCAACUGCAUGUUUACUCAGAGAAAAUGUGGAUUACUUGCCACUUCAAUGAUUUUGUUUAUUGAGUGGACAACUAUCAACUUUAUUUGAUCAAAGAUAUAAUAUUUCUGUGCUUCCUAUGCGGGAUCAACCCACCUGGGGUUAUUUAGGAUGGUUUGUAUGCCAAGUUUCUGAAGUAUAAAAUAAUGGGAGUUUUCAGUCUCCCAGGAGAGAAUACUCGUUCAUGUACCAGUCUAGCUGCCAAUACAACUUUUACACUUAGGCUGUAUUCCCAGAGCUUUUAGAUCGAUCUAUCCCCGCGGGGAGUCUCACAAGAUUAC